CGAUCAUUCUUCAAAUUAUCCAAACCAUAACUGAAAGUAUAAUUGAGAGUAUAAUUAUAAGAAGAUAUGUCAGAGAUCAUGGACGAAGAGAAAAGCGAGACUUCUCCAAAACCCUCUCAACUGACCCCCUUCAGCAUCGCGGACAUCCUCAGUAGAAGAACCUCUUACCCCAGCCACGAACGACGGUCUUCAGAGUCGGAAGAAGCACACGCAGCGUCGUUCGCCAAGAAACGAGACUAUGAUUCCUCCGAAGGCGAGUACAAAGAAGGUCAACUGGACCAGGACCCCAAUCAGAUGGCUCGAUUUUCACGGCUGUCGUCGCCCGAUCUCAGCGUGGCUCGUGAGCUGGAUAUAUUAACCAGGAACCUGGUUCACGCAAACAUCACCAGUUUCGGCACUAUUCCACACCUGUCACAGGGGACGUUUAAACACCUUGAGAGUCUGGGGAACAUGGCUACUUAUCAGCCGGUCAAGGAGAGGGAGGCCUCGCAGAGGCAGCAGGACGAGGCGCUGGAUAUGAGCAAGAAUAAAUAUUUGGAGGACGGAGAAGAGGAUAUGUUCGAGGCACAGAAUCAUGGACAAAAUCUGCAGAGCAGAAAGAAACGGAGCAGAGCGGCCUUUUCUCACGCGCAGGUUUACGAGCUCGAGAGAAGAUUCGCUGCACAGAAAUACCUGUCGGGGCCGGAGAGGGCGGACCUCGCGAGAGGACUCAAGCUGACGGAGACGCAAGUCAAAAUCUGGUUUCAGAACAGACGAUACAAGACGAAGAGACGACAGCAACAGGAGCUAGGCGCGUUAGUUAAUUCCGGAAACGCGAGGCGCGUGGCUGUACGCGUUUUGGUGCAUCCGGACGAGCAUUUGAGGGGAUUGCCACUUCGUGGUUCCGGCCAACUUCCCGGGCAAAUGUCUGCCCCGCAAAUUCAUCCCGCGAACAAAGCGCUCAGUGGUUUCCCGUACUACUGUCUCCCCUAUCAUCCCCUGCUCUGCCCGCCCCUUCACUCUACUCAUAUUCAGGUACAAAACACGAUCACGCCGGACCUCGAUCCGAGUCAGUUGGCGAAAAUGAACGACGAGAAAUAAAUCGUUGAUGUUGAAACCCGUGGUCGCUCGUUCGAAUCCAGUUAUCGAUUGUGGAUACGUAAACCGACCAUUUUGUCGUUCUCCAAAGCGGAUUAUUUAAUUCGUGACUCUUGUGUUAAUAACUGGGUAACCUUUUCGUAUUUAGAAAUUUAUCUUUUCACAUAUUUUUUAUUGUUCGAUGUGCCUUUAUUUCAAGGUACUUAGUUCGGUGUACACUUUUAUUGACAUAAGGGUUAGUAGCGGUAAAACUAGUCCAUCCGUUGCUCCAUCUUGUUUGUUGCAUUAUUGGAAGUUAAUAUUCGAAAUAUUGAUUCGAUUUGUAAUUAUAUUUUUAACGGGGUCGAAGACAUUGCAUUGUAAACCUGAAUUACACACGAGACAUUCUACUUCCAUGUAUUAUUCCAAUCACGAUACUGCGAACGGUUAAAGAGCACAAUUAAUCUCGUAGUGUACAAUUCUAAUAUGCGUUAUACCUACUUAUAAAUAUACGCAGUCUAGGAAGAGGAUCGUGUAAAUUAGCGUGUAAAUAAUUGUAUAAAAUAAAACCGAGUCGAACGGUAUCGGUGAAUAUUUAUUCUGAGGCCUCAAGACGUUCCACCAAAUCCGUGCACAUCGUACAAUUAUCUCGGUAGAGAACUAUAUUCGCGCGGUUCGUUGAAAAGGUUUGGAAUGUGUCCAUAAAACGAAACGAAUUCAAUUAAGAGAUAAAACAGAAGCGUUUAAGAAACGAUCAACAGCGUUCUUGGUGGCUCGCGUGCAAUAAAACCGAUACCGAUUUAGCGUAAUUACACCAUUGUUUCUGCGUACCUAUGUGAUGAUACA